AUGCUGAGCACCGAGGAAAAGGAUAUCCAUUCGGGUUUGAUCGGCCCGAUCUUGGUCUGUCACAGAGGAACGCUUCGUAAAGCGACCAGCCCCGACACCCGAGAAUUUGUCCUGCUUUUCAUGAUCUUUGAUGAAGAGAAGAGUUGGUACUCUGACCAAAGGUGCCACAGAACUGGAACAGCGAAGCCCUCGGAAGAUCCAAAGCCUCACAGAUUCCACGCGAUCAGUGGGUUCGUCUCCUACUUGCCGGGACCGAGGAUGUACCAGGAUGAGCUGGUGCACUGGCAUUUACUAAACACGGGCAGCUCUCAAGAUCUCCAUGUGAUUCACUUUCAUGGCCAGACCCUGUCGGAAGGCGGAAAUCAAGCACACCGGUUGGGGGUCUAUCCCCUCCUGCCUGGUAUUAGUAUGAUGAUUAUUACCGACUUUUAUUACGGAUUGCAAGAUGCCAAUGGGAUUAAACAGUGGAAUUAUUUUGGAUUCACAUAUCAGUGCAUCUGGACAUCACGAUUGACCUCCAGAGGGAACUUGUCCUGUAAGGGGAUUCAGACCCAAGGAGCCAAGCAUUAUCUCAAGUCCUACUUCACUGCCCAAUUUUAUCUGACCUACAGCACGGACGAGAGGAGAUGGAAUGCCUUCAAAGGGAAGAGCACUCUGAAACAGCAGAGCUUUGAUGGCAAUUCAGAUGCUUCUACAAUCAAGGAAAUCGAGAUUGACCCACCUAUUGUGGCUAAAUCCGUUAGGAUCUACCCAACUCUAUACUACCGUAGGCCUACCUUGCGUCUGGAGCUGCGGGGCUGUGAGGUACCGGGUUGUCACACACCCCCGGGAAUGGAAAGCAAGGACAUAGCCAAAGCUCAGAUCGCAGCCUCCUCCUUUAAGACGUCUUGGUGGGGGACCGCGUGGGAGCCUUCCUUUGCCCGCCUCAACGAACGAGGCCGGGUGAACGCCUGGCAGGCUGAGCUCAACGACAACAACCAGUGGCUACAGAUCGACCUGCUCCAAACCAAGAAGAUGACGGCCAUCGCAAUCCAAGGUUCCAAGUCUCUCAACCGGGAAAUGUUUGUGGUGACGUAUUCGGUUCUUUACAGCGAUCGUGGCUCACGCUGGAAACCUUACACGGAGAACCUUUCUUCGGGGCCAAAGGUGCAGUCUGAAUGGUGCCCAGUGCAGUGGGGGAAUCAGAAAAUGGGUAUCGAACUCCAGCUCUGCUACCGUGCUGACCCAAGCACUUCUCCUAUCCUGCCUUGACUACUGCAUCGGCCUCCUCCUUGAUCUCCCGGCCCCCUGCUUCUCCCCACUCGAAUCCAAACUUGGCUCUGCCGCCAGGUCAUUCGAUCAGUCCGUAGCUCCCCAUUUCUU